GUGAGAAGGAUGGGAAAACUAGGAAAGGAGAUUGUUAUGACUGAAGAAGAGAAGGAGAAGCAUGCAGAGAGCCUAAAGAUAGGGAGGAAGCUGUGUAGACUGCGGCAGUGUAGAGAAUCUAAGAAUCUGGUCGCAGUUGGUGGAAAGGAGUUGGAUCUACAGAUUUGGGAUUUAGACAAGAGUAUUCAGGAGCCAAUCUUCAGAGCUAAAAACGUAAGACCAGAUUUCCUACAAAUGAGGGUACCCGUGUGGAUAUCAGACCUCACCUUUCUAACAGUAUCUAGUGUUGCAACAUGCUCAAGAUAUGGACAUAUCAGGAAGUACGAUAUAAAAUCUUCGCAACGACGACCAACCGUUGAGCUGAUCUGGACGGAAAAGGACGAUGCUUUCAACUGUACAACAAUAUGUACUGUCAAUGAAAACCAGGUUUUAGUUGGAACAGCAACAGGGAAAUUAGGACUUUGGGACUUCAGGGUUGGGGCUGGAUUUAAAGGACUGAUCCGGAAGUACAAGGGCUGUACUGGUGCUAUCAGAGAAAUUACAAGUCCUGUUGGGAGUGAGUACUUUAGUGUGGUGGGAUUAGACAGACAUCUCAGAGUUUAUAAGAUUAAAGAACAAAAACCGGUUUACACCACCUACCUAAAGUCCAAACUGACCGGGGUUCUGAUGGCCUCAAACUUUGACCCCGAGGUCACUGCCGAGGCUAAGGCAGAGAAGGUGCCCGGGGUUGAGAAGGUCGAAGAGGAAGAUGACGAUGAGUUGAAAAUAAUCGACGAACCUGAGGAUACCGGUACUCAGCCUGAGGACUACACUGUGUCCGUAGCCAACACAAAACUUGAAAACCUUCUUUCUCUCUCGGAGUCGAAUUACAAGGACAAAUCUCAUCCAUUCUACGAGUUCUUUAAGGACUCAAAGAAGCAGCGUAAACUCCUCAAGACCACGGAGUCAGAAGAAGAGAGGGAACAGGCACUUGUAAUAAUCCGCAAACAGUUUGAGAAUUUCCAGUUAGCGCAUUCCAGGAACGGUCUUCAGCCGGCAAAGAAGCGGAAAUUAAAUUGAUUAUUUUCAG